AUGUCCAAUGUUAAAACUUGUAGGCAGGCAACUACGAGCCCUGACACGCUCCCAGAUUCAGGCGGGGUUAGCAUGGAAGUAGAUGCAGCUGGAACAAAUGAAUCAUUCAAGUCUAUACCCCAAGAAAAUAUAUUUCUCUUCUGGCCUAAUAUAAUCGGAUACAUGCGCAUCGUACUUGCCUUUGCUUCUCUCUAUUACAUGCCACUUCAUCCUCGAACUUGCUCAGGCCUUUACAGCGUAUCCUGCCUACUUGACGCUCUAGAUGGCUACGCAGCGCGAUAUUUUGAGCAAUCUACUCAAUUCGGGGCUGUUCUAGAUAUGGUAACUGAUAGAUGCACAACAUCUUGUCUGCUAGUAUUCCUCUCAUCGGCCUGGCCACGAUGGGCACUACUCUUUCAAGGCCUUAUAUCACUAGAUCUAGCAAGUCAUUACAUCCAUAUGUAUGCAACCCUGAGCAUGGGUGGGUCAAAGACCAGCCACAAGUCUGUCGACAGGAGCAGAAGCUGGUUGUUAAAUUUGUAUUACACAAACAAGACAGUCCUGUUCCUCUUCUGUGCUCUUAAUGAGACUUUCUUCAUAGCGCUUUAUCUUUUAUCAUUUUCUUCGCCCUAUCUUUCACCCAGUCUACUUCAAGGCACCCAUGAGGCUGGAUCUCUUGCGGCUGAAUCUGCCAAAUCGUUUCUCUUUGCCAAUCCAAAUAGUGCUGCAGCAUUAGAAAUGGCACGUGCCAACAAAAUGGAUUCAUUUGUACCUUGGGUCAUUGCAGGAAUCAGCUUCCCUAUUAUGCUAGCAAAGCAGAUAAUUAACGUUGUGCAACUCGCAAAAGCCAGCACCUGGCUAGCACAAGGUGAUCUCGAGAAUAGGCUGGCACAGCAAAAACAAAGGCAGCAAAAGAACAAAUAA